AUGCCACCCAAAGGCUCCAAGAAGUCAGCGCCUGCGCCACCGAACAAGACGCUCGUUCUUGAUAAUGGCGCAUACUCGAUCAAAGCCGGUCUCGUUCCCAGCGGUGUCGAAUAUACCUAUGACGAGUGCAGCGUGAUUCCGAACUGCAUCGCGCGGAGCACGCGCGACAAGUGUACCUACGUCGGCGCCGAACUCAACUCGUGCAAAGACUUCGGAGAGUUGGCAUUCCGCCGCCCGGUGGAGAAGGGCUUCAUCGUCAACUGGGAGGCAGAGAAGGCGAUAUGGGAGCACGAGUUCAUGGGAGACGCCAUGGGGGAGGGGCUGAGGUGUGACCCAAAAGAUACAAACCUGCUUCUGACGGAGAAGCCAAAUUGUCCAAAAGAACUACAGAAGAACUGCGACGAGAUCAUAUUCGAGCAAUUCGAAUUUGCUGCGUACUACCGAUGCGUGGGCGCGACACUGAACGCCUAUGCUACCCCCCAGGCGCACACUGAGUCCUCGUUGUUGUCGCUACCGCGAGAAUGCCUCCUGAUUAUUGAUACCUCCUACUCAGACACGACCAUCCUACCUCUCUACAAUGGGAAACUCAUACAAUCGGCGGUGCGGCGGCUCACAGUAGGUGGGAAGCUGCUCACAAACUACCUAAAGGAGCUUUCUUCUCUGCGACACUACAACAUGAUGGAGGAGACAUAUCUGCUCAACGAGAUCAAAGAAGCAGUGUCGUACGUCGUGCCUUCAUCGCAGCACUUUGCCAACGAUCUAGAGCGGACAUGGAAGGGACGACUGGGAGACAGAAGAGAGCUAGAUUCGAGCAUUGUAGUCGACUACGUGCUGCCAGACUACGAGAACGCCAUACAUGGCCACGCGCGACCCCACGAUCCUGCAAAAUCACGCAUGCGUCGAGGGCUACAAGCGCCACAAGGACCGAGGGAAGAUUUACUGCCAUUAGGGAACGAGCGUUUCGCUGUGCCAGAGCUGCUCUUCAAUCCCUCUGAUAUUGGCAUCCAGGAAGAAGGCAUACCUGGCGCCGUCAUGCAGUCGCUGAGUGCAUUACCCGAAGCUCUCAGGAUAGGUCUGCUAGCGAAUGUUGUGGUGGUAGGCGGGAACUCGCUGAUUUCUGGCUUUAUGGAACGACUGCGAACAGAAUUGAGGGCUCUGGUGCCUGCAGAAUAUCCGCUGAACGUACCAACCCGAGUUGCUGAAGGAGUUGCUGGUCACCAAGGCCGAUCGAAUUUCCGGUCCACGGGCAUCACCCGCAUCUCGAACCCAAUGCGCCGAAUACCGCGCCCCUCGCGGGCAACUGAUCCCUCAAAUCUCCUGUCCACAUCGAUACGGCAGACACUGUCGCCAUUGCCUUGUCGCUCCGCCGUGUCGCCCUGCACCCAUCUCCGCAAUGCAACCGCCACUUUCUCCACAACCGCACCUCAGUCGUUCCUCCUACCGGGCAAGCAAGACAAGAAGAAGCACCAGCAGUUCGUACGGAGAUGGCAGAAGCGUCUGCUCGGCGACUCGGAGCCCAUUGGCGCACACGUUGACCCAUACGACCCAACAUCACCUGUCCGAAUAGCACCCGAAGACCAGGGCGAAUACGAAGAGGUGCUUGAGGAAGACCCCAAUUUCCCCAAAUACCGACAAGCAAAGAGCAUAGCCGGCCUCCAGCGUGUCGGCGGCGACGAGUGGCUCAGGCAAAAAGUCGAAAAAGACAUAGCCAAGGAAUUCGAGAAACUGACACUACGCACUUAUACGCCGCUGACGCUGGGCAUGGCCGAUGAAAUUGAAGAGCUCACCGGUACCCCAUACACUCUCAAGGACGAGAACCUGAUGAUGGCGCAAACGAUGCACGAGAAGACGAACCGGCCGUAUACCCAGUACAACUUUGGCCUCCAUUCCAAAGCUUCCCGCGUUACUGACAUCCGCGCUCGCUUUACGCAAGCUGUCGCCGAGAUCUAUGCUCUGAAGCAAGCCGGUCUCGACAUGGACUUGUCCAAAUUCGCCAACCGAGGUGUGUACGACCGGCCACGCUGGGUCAAGGAUGUCAAGUUGGUCAAGACAGAAAGCGGCGAGCUUGCUCUUGCCUUGCCGGAGCACAAGAACCUGGAUGAUCUUCUGGCAACGAUGCAAAGAGCACCAUCUUGGGAGGCUGAGCAAGCGGAACCAGGUGAACUCCUUGUUGAGGAGGUCAUUGAGGAGCUCGACGGUACUCAUCUCCCACAAGAGCAAGUACCGACCAUGGAUCCCGAAACACCAGCAUACAAGAAGGCAGCAGUGGUCAAGCAGGAUGCUGAGAAGCCGUUUGAUUUCAUGUCGAACCGGCCAGUACCCCGCGCAAAGCCCGUGACCGAGCAAGUCAGUCAGCCAGUCGUUGAGGAAGUGGUGGUUCAAGAAACCCUCAACACCCCUCCUGUCCAUGCAGCCGAUUCUAUGCCUGUCAACGAAGUCGCUCCAGCAGCAGCGAGCGAGUCGCGACAUGCUAUCCUCGAGGAAAGAGCGCAGCGCUUGGCCACCGACUUUGCAGCUCUGAAGAAGUCGGUUCAGCAAAGCAGGGCACAGUCUUCUGCCACCAGAUCCGAAGACACCAAGUGGCGACAUAUCCCUGUCACUGACAUUGACGUCAAGUUCGCUCUUUUCAAACGGCUUUACCAAUUGACCGGCUUCCGCAUCUCAGACCCGCACCUAUCCUCAGCAAAAACCCUAGGCGAUCUAUACAGCUACCUCUUGGAGGCCGCCAAACCUCAACCGACCAGUCUUUACUCCGCUAUCCACGUAGAAGGUCAGAAGGCACGUGAACGAGCGAAGCAGCAAGCCGCAUCGGAAGCUGCUACCAAGCGACGGGCCGAUCUGGGCGACUUGAUCAAUCUGGGCAAUGUCGAGCUACGCCGCGUCAAGGCUAACAAGACCGAGAAGCGCAGCAAGACCGGUCUAGACAAGGUGGUAAACUAUGCUCUGCGGGAGCGUGGUCUGGGUAAUGGAGUGCCUUCCAGGAUUCAAGAGAUAAGAGCGAGGAAAGCACGCAGUGUAAGGCAUGUGCGAACACAGCGUGAAUUCGUCAAUCCCUUAAGCAGUAAGGCUGCCAAAUUUCUGGAAACUAAGACGCAAUAG